GAAAGAACCGAAAGCGGAAGGCGCCCUCCCCUGCUCUCCCUCUGCCUUGAGCCUCAGCUCCCUUGGUGCUGUCAGAGCGCGACCUCCAGCAGAGGCUCCAGGCCUCUGAAAGCGGCAUUUCCUCUUUCCAUUUGGCAGGCGAUCGCUUGGCAGACCCUCCUCUGAAGGGAGUUAAUUUCCUGCCGCGCAGGGUCAUCAGGGCUGGGCUGAGUCAGUGCUGCACAUUCAGGCAUUGUGAGUCCUGUACAGCACAUCCACGCUGAGGAGCCCAGGACAGCAAGCUGCAGCCACCUCGCUGGCCCACAGUGACCCACGCCGGUUCUGCUGCUGCUUCCACUUCUUCCCUGCGAGCUCUGAAACUCCCCAAGGCUGGAGUGGAGACGUUUCCUCUUCCUCCGUCUGUUUCUCCUGCGAUCUACAGCGAAACAGUGCCGCCCAUCAGGCGUUCCCGAUCCAGGGCCCCAGCCUCUGGACACAGGCUAAGAGCCGGGACGCGGAGAAGAGAGGCCGAGCAGGGAAUUGGCAUUCCCUCACCAUGGAGGCUGGGCUGUUCCUAGCAGUGCUGCUGCUCGCUUGCACGCCGUUGCACACAAGUCCCACGAGUGCUGAUGAAUGCAAAUUUCUGCCAUCCACGCAGGACAAGUUGCUUUACAAGACCAGCCAAGCCCUGAGUGGCUGCGUGAGUCGCAGCAGCAUGGAGGGACAGCAGGAAGUCCACGUUCUCCAAGUGAAAAUAAAGGAGAUGCAGCGCUUCCACCUGAAUGUGUCCUCCGCGGGAAGGACCUCCCUGCCUAAGCGGGCGGUGCUGUUUGUGAUUGUCUGCAACGAGUCCUGUGAGGUGUUGGUUCAUUCAGAGGAGUCCGAUCUGACCUUUGCCUCGGACAUCCAUGUCUCCACAUUAGUGAACAACGUGCUAGUCACUGAAAAAGUUAACUAUACAAGUGACAAGCCGAUUGUGCAACAGGUGAAAGACCAUUAUAAGGGCAUCACUUCCUUCACAGAGCUGGAAAACCCCUACCACAUCUACUUCCGACUAGGUGAAGAUGCCAGCAGUCCUGAGGACUGCAUCGUCCAGCCUGGCUUCAGUGCCUCGCAGUACCUCCAGGCCGAGUUCCUGGUCCCAAAGGUUAAGCACUGCAAAAACCCUCAUGCGCAGAAGCUGAAGGAGGCACACAUCUUGCAUAUGAAGCAGGCCCCAAAGGAGACCAGCUUUCAGCCUGGGAUGGUGAAAGUGAAGGUGAAUGUGGUCUGUCCUGAAGCAAAGCUGCUGCAAGAUCUGGAAAUACUGCUGAUCCUCCAAAGCCAAGAGAACGUGACCUGGAGGGUUGAUAUGAAAAACAACGGGGCCAUUUUGACACGUGGGAAAUACUGGUUGUCCACAUUUCCCGACAUGCAAAUGAAUGGCAGAGCCCUUCCUGACAAUGAGGAAGGCCUGACUGGCUUGGCCCACGAGAAAGACUUUGGUGACGUAGCUUUCUAUAGAGACAUCCCAUCUGCAAGCCACCUGACCAUUGAGCUGCACCGAUGUGGAGCAGAAGCGACGCCGACGACACCAACACUGAUACACACACCCCCUAUGCAAGAUCUCCAGGACAUUCUUAUUCAAGCAUAUGUCAGUCUGAACACCCCAUGGAAGUGUACUGAUGACACCAUGGAGAUAGCCGUGCCGAGGAGCACAGAGUAUUUAAAAGAGGACAUCACGGCUAUCACAUUGCGAGACACCGGCUGCAAAGCUGAACCAAACAAAACGCACUUUGUGUUGAAAAGGUAUUUGGGGGACUGCAACACCACACUGGAGAGUGAAGCCAAGGCCAGUAACAAGCUGAUCCUGACACUGGCUGCAUCCAUGAAGAAAGUUGAGGUGGAGUUCAGCUGCGAGCUGCCUCAGGAGCCCCAGCUGCAGCUUUACCAGACCCAGGACUUCAAGUGGCCAUCUACUACCGUGCUGCAAGUCAACAAAACUGCUUACGUCCAGAUCUCCUUUCGGUCAUCGAAUGCCCAGACCAAUCUGAUGGUGAAGGAGUGUUCUGUGCAGGUGGCUACCCAGGAGCCUCAGCGGCUCCUGCUCUCGCCUGGCGCAUCACACGGCAAAGCAGUGACCAUCCUCCCACCGAAAGAGGCCACUCUGGGCCGGGAGCUCCAUCAGUUCAGCCUUGUCUACACCCCGGCGGGCGGACGGCCCUUGCCUCCUUGUGCCACGCUGGUGUGCACACUGACCAACGGCAGCACCACGGCAGAAGCAUCGUUAAAGGUGACGCUGCAGGAUACCCCUGCUCAGAGCCUAGGGAUCGAAGCGGUCGUGGGGAUCACCUUCGCAGCGUUCCUCAUCGGCACCCUCCUCACCGCGGCACUCUGGUGCAUUUACACCCACACCCGCCCCAUGGCCAAAAUGCAGCCGGUCUCCAGCACCACCCCAGCCUCGGAGAGCAGCAGCACCAACCACAGCAUCGGCAGCACCCAGAGCACCCCCUGCUCCACCAGCAGCACGGCCUAGGCAGCAGGCCCCCGUCCCUUGGGCUGAGGGGCUGCCUGGGAGCUCCCACCAUGGACCUCAGCAGAGCUGCAGGCUGCUCAGCUCCUGGACCCAGGGACAGCGGUGGGGGGGCAGAGCAGGGCCCCGCCCAUCUCGUUUGCUCCGCUGGACAGGCAGAGCUGGGAGGAGACGCCACACCAGCACUUUGAAUGCCCCCCCCUCGCGGGGCGGGCGCACCUGCCUGCCACCCCCUCACCACAGAAGGGACCAGCAGUCGGGGGGACCGUGGGCCACGCCAUCCAGCGUGUGGGGGCCCCGGGAGCCUUUCGCUGCUCGGCCACACGCCAGCUCCUGCUACGGUUCUGUGGCAGCCUGAGCGGGGCUGGAAACAUCUGUCCACCCCUACGGCAGAUGGCCCUGCUGGAUCCCCACUGGCCGACCCCUAUGCAGGAGAGGGGCCAAAGCCCAACUGGGCGCCAGGACUGAAUGCCCCUCACCGGGGUCCCCUGCUCCCAGGGUGGGCCUGGUAUGUGCUGCUGCCUGCCCGCGCUGGCCCAUGCCCAGAGUAGAGGAGAAAGGCCCCCAGUCCCUCCUACCCCAGAAAUACCUUCCUGCCCCACGCCACCCCCUGCUGGCCCAUGGCUACAGCCCACGAACGGUGCAGCGCUCAUGCCAACCUGACCCGGUCCCUCCCCCAGGGCUCAGGCUCCAGAGCCAGCUCAUAUGGCCAGUGCACGGGCACACAUCCCCACUCAGCCCACGUUUACUGGCAAGGCACCGCCGGGCUCCCAGGGACGCAGGGGAAGCCAAGACCAGCAAGGCACUGGUGGAGCCGGGGUGCUCAGCAGCUGUGCGAGGCAGUGCGCCGGGGCAUGGAGCGGGGCCAGCGGGAUUCCUUGAACCCUAG